CUCUGUUCUCACCCUGAGUAAACAAAAAUUAAAAAAUUCGGGUAUUUUCCUUCAUUCUUCUCUGACGCUCUGGUUUGUGUAAUUUCCCGGCAACGGAGGAGGAAGAGUGUAAGCAAGAAAUUACUCUUCUUCUACGAAACAGAAACAUACCUCUCUCUCCUUCGAUUCUCUUCCUCUUUAGUUUGAUCAAAAGCUUUCUUUUUCUUUUUCUGUUCAUGGUUUCCUCCAUCGCAGUUGGUGACGCCAAAAAGAUGGAGUUAGAAUCCAAGGAAUCACUAUCUGCUGACAUGCCAUCUUUGCUGAGAAGAUCAGCUGAAGCUUUUAAUGGAGGCAGUGAAUAUCGUUCUGCAACUGAUCUAAGCAUAUUCUCUAGUUCAUUGCCUACACUUUUUCAUGAAAAGCUGAAUAUGACCGAUUCAGAUAGCUGGCUCUCACUUGAUGAUAACUCACCCAAUCUGAACAAACUCGUCAUGGGAAACUCAGAGAAGGAUUCUUUGGAAGAUGCCGAACCUCAUUCUUUAGAAAUCUUGCUUCCUGAGGAUGAAAACGAGCUUCUUCCUGGCCUCAUUGAUGAGCUUAAUUUCAGCGGCCUGCCUGAUGAACUUGAAGAUCUUGAUGUAUUUUGCACUGGAGGGGGUAUGGAGCUGGAUGCUGAAUCCCAACGCGAUGCUGCAAGUUCAUUUGUUACUCGUAAACGCUCCAAUACAUCUUUCAGAGUUUCAGUGGAGCAUCCAAACGGUGAACAUCCUUCAAGGACAUUGUUUGUGAGGAAUAUCAACAGCAGUAUCGAUGAUUCAGAGUUAACCGCUCUCUUUGAGCCGUUUGGGGAGAUCAGGAGUUUGUACACAGCAUGCAAAAGCAGAGGUUUUGUAAUGAUAUCCUACUAUGAUAUCCGAGCUGCUCAUGCCGCAAUGCGUGCACUGCAGAACACUCUCUUAAGAAAAAGGACACUGGACAUUCACUACUCCAUUCCUAAAGAAAAUCCGUCAGAGAAGGAUAUGAAUCAAGGGACUCUUGUGAUUUUUAAUGUGGACUCAACUGUAUCAAAUGAUGAGCUCCUUAAGCUGUUCGGUGCCUAUGGUGAAAUAAGAGAGAUUAGAGAAACCCCAAACAGGAGAUUCCACAGGUUUAUUGAGUACUAUGAUGUUAGAGAUGCAGAGGCAGCUCUAAAAGCACUGAACAGAAGUGAGAUAGGUGGGAAAUGUAUAAAGCUCGAACUUAGCCGUCCUGGAGGAUCCCGUCGAGUCUCGGUCCCGUCAACAAGUCAAGAUAUGGACAGACACGAAGUUUCAAGUUUCCUAGCUUCACAGGUUGCCAAUUCUCCACCAGGUAACUGGCCCAUUGGCAGCCCCUUGAAGGGCUCUCCCACGCAUGCCUUUCCGAGGCCACCCGGUCUAGGAAUCAUCAGGCCGUUUAACCGAGAUAACAUGCCUGGAUUAGCUUCAGUUCUCCCUGGUCAGACCUCCAGCUUUCAUGGAUUUUCGCCAGUCAGUAACGACCAAGGGCUAUUGAAUCAUCCAAACCAAACUAUUCUGAAUAACGCUUUGAUGCACAACGUCUCCUAUGGGCAACCUCAUUCGUUGCCAGAGCAUAUAGGAGGGGGAAUUUCGAACUCCAUGAGGUUUGUAGCUCCACCACAAUCCUCAGGUUUCGGGACUUCCUCUGAUAACAGCUAUCGCUGGGGAAGCCCUCCUCAGCAUAUGAAUUACCCUGGUGCGUCGUCGUCAUCAUCAUCACCAACUGAACGUCCUUUUGCUGUAAGGCAUGGUUUUCCUUUUGCCGAGAGGCAAGUUUCACUGCUUGGGAAGUACCAGCAUCAUGUGGGCUCUGCUCCUUCAAGCACUCAUUUUAAUACCUACACGGGACCAUCAGAAGUAUCCUCUCUGAUACCCCUUGGAUUUGGUGAUAUGGGAAUCAACAAAAGCUAUAUCAAUCCUCAUGGAAAAGCGAACCUUGGUGUUAGUCUUCAGGGAAACCAUAACAAACAGGACUUCUCUGGCUUUGGCAUGUCCUCAUUGCCUUUCGGUGGGAGUAGAGGACAUGAGCCCUUUGCUGAGCAAGGUAGGAUCCAACACAUAGAUGGUGGGCAGUAUCAUAUUGACUUGGAUAGAAUUGCUACUGGAGAUGAUAAUCGGACUACAUUAAUUAUCAAAAACAUCCCAAACAAGUAUACUUACAAGAUGCUGGUGGCUGAAAUAGACGAGAAGCACAAGGGAGACUAUGACUUUCUGUGCUUACCUAUAGACUUUAAGAAUAAGUGCAACAUGGGUUAUGCUUUUGUCAACAUGGUCUCUCCAUUGCACAUUGUUCCCUUCCAACAGACCUUCAAUGGUAAGAUAUGGGAAAAAUUCAACAGUGGGAAAGUAGCUUCAUUGGCAUAUGCAGAGAUCCAAGGAAAGUCUGCUCUUGCUUCAUACAUGCAGAAUCCAAGCACUAUGGAGGACGAGAAGCAAUUGUUUCCAGAAGUCUCCCACCACAAUGAUGAGGGUCAAGACUCCAAGGAUCAGGACAGACGUUUUUCAAGCAUUUGGAACAUAGCAGCGCCUGAUUCUGAUUGGUCCUACACAAUGGAUGUUAUCGAGAAUCCUAGGAAGAACAUCGACUCCAAGAACUUUGUACAAGAGUCUUCUUAAACCCCAAGCUGGGAACUCUAACCCACUAUCAAAGGUAAAAAGUGUACAUAUCGGUUGCUAUAUGGAAGAAACAUAUGUACAGAGUAUCAAGGCUUGUAUCUUCCUCGCAACAGAGUAGCAGGUUUUUAGGGAUUACUUCACACGCAAAAAAAAAAAAACAUCCCUUCUUUUAGUACGUUACUUUAUUUGGGAAACUUCUCUUUGUCAGUAUUUGUAUAUAUGUAUCAUACUCUUGCGUGUACAUCCUUGUGUCCAUGUGAAAGACAUGAUCAGUGUUUAGUUGUUUCGUUACAACGAACUCGUUAUAA